UUAUAAUAUAAAAUAUUGAGUCGAGUUGUCAGUUAAGUGGUGACUAUACCACACCAGAGAUGGGUUGGUUAGUAUGAUAUGACUCUCUCUCUCACCAAAUCUAUAACUAUCACUACAACUAAAGAUAUGGUCCGCCUUUCAGGAAAUCCUUGUUAUGGUUCGCUAAAGCAUUUAUGUGUACAUCACUUGAAAAUCACUUGAAACUACUGAUCAUAACAUCAGUCAACUCAACAAAACUAAAAGAAAAUAUUAUUAUUGUGUUGUUAUCGUAAUUAUUAUUAAUAUUAUUAUCAAUUUGAUCUGUGUAUUGGUAUUAAAAAAUAUAUACAAUUUUACAUGUGCUUAAUUUUAAAUUGUGCUGGAUACAAGUUUCAUUCAAGUUGGAUAUUAGCUUUUAAUAUACAUUUAUAAUAAAAAUGUAUAAUAGCAUAAUGUUUGACUUGAUUAAUCAAAUAGUUUCAUUUAGUAAACAUUACAUUAUAAUUAUGAUAAUAUCAUCUAUAUACAUCCAAUCAUCAUUAACACAAACAGUUAAAAUUCGUUAUUGUGUUCCCGAUUCACUGUAUGACUAUUGUGUCCGUAUGUCUGAUAAUGUACCAGGAACAUUUUCUUGCAUAAAUGCUAGAGAUAAAUAUGAGUGCAUUAGAUUAAUAGAUAGAGAUGAAGCAGAUAUUGUCAAUUUAGACGCCGAAGAUCUGUAUUUAGCCGGACGUCUGUAUGGUUUGGAACCGUUUAUUGUCGAAGAAUUCAAUGGAAAUAUUUAUAAACAUCGAUCGGGUGUUUUGGUUCACCGAAAUAUAAACAUAAAUUCAAUAAGUGAUUUAAAAAACAAGAGGGCGUGUCUCGGACCUUACGGUUCGGACUCAGGUUGGAAUAUACCGGUUGGACUGUUAUUAGCCACCGACACACUGGUACCCGAUUGUAAGGGAGAGAUUGAUUCGGUUAACAAUUUUUUUGGGGUCAGUUGUGCGGCCGGUAUGUGGUCUAAUGACUCCUAUCUUGACCAACAAUUAAAGAGAAAACACAGCAAUUUGUGCGGAUUAUGUAAAGACCCGGUCAUGUGCUCGGAAAAGGAUCCGUUUGCUGGCGAUGAGGGUGUCAUCAAAUGUUUACUUGAAGGACAGGGAGAGGUGGCCUUUACAAGCAUUGAGACCGCCGACAGUUACUUCAAGAGUAGGCCAGAACUGAAAGACAGCUAUCAGUUUCUAUGUCUCGAUGGCUCCCGUAUGCCAAUCACUAGGAGGGCCUGUGAGUGGGCGCGUCGACCCACUAAUGCAUUUGUUAUUAGGAAAGGCAGAGCUCGACAAAAGGAUUAUUAUUUGCGAUAUUUGCAACAAAUAUUUUUCCGAUAUUCACAACUCAAACCUCAAUGGUUUACAAAAACUUUUGUCUCAUCAGAAAAUGUCACGCAAUUGGUUUCAAUGCCAUUCAAUACACAACAGUGGGAUAAAUACCUGGGUAAUUAUAUUCCUUCAAUAGAGAAACCAUUGCCGGGUUGUGAGCGACAAAAUGUGACCUUUUGUUUGACCUCAUCUCAAGAGUUGGCCAAAUGUCUGGACUUACAGAAAGCGGCUUUUGCUCGAAGAAUUCGGCCACAAAUCAGAUGCCAUUCGUCCGACUCUCACAAGUCAUGUGUGGACGCAAUUAAUAUGAGAAAGGCUGACAUCAUAUCAUUGGACGCAUCAUUGUUUUACAAAGCAUCCAGAUACGACUAUUUGCUACCAAUUGCUACUGAAAUAACAAAUUCACCGCAAUAUUCAGUGGCCGUCGUAAGAGCCGAUUCAUUGAUGACAUCGUUGGCCGAUCUAAAGGGCAAGAGGUCGUGUCACACAGGAUUUGGUCAGACAUCCGGUUGGGUCGUACCGGUUGGCGCUCUUAUAGACAGUCAAGUCAUAGACAACCACAACUGCAAUCGGGCCGAAUCCAUGGCCCGAUUGUUUUCCGGCUCAUGUGUUCCCGGAGCCGCCGACGCCCGCAUCAACACCAAUGGCACCGGAGUAGACAGUCUGUGCUCUCAAUGUAUUGGUGACGACAAUUCAAGUCAUAUCUGUGAGAUGUCAAGCGCUGAAAGAUUUAGUGGUGAAGACGGAGCCUUCAGAUGUUUGGUUGAAGGUAGAGGUGAUGUGGCCUUCUUGAGUCAUACGACAGCUAUAGACCUAACGGACCACAAAAGCAAUCAAUUAUGGGCUAAGGAUUUGCGAUCCGUCGACUUUAGGCUGUUGUGCGCAAACCGUAACAACAGUUCGGCCUCUAAUAGCGUUAACGUUAUGAAUGGCUAUGAUUUGACAACAAUCCCGAACCCAAACAGUAUCCAUAACAGCCAACGAUAUCGUUUGAACAGUUUUUUAGCGCCCAUUCAGGACUACCAGACAUGCCAUUUAGCGCACAUACCGGCGCCAAUUGUGGCCACCAGUUCGGCCAUCGAUACAGAUGUUAGGCUUCAAAUCUUGCAACUGUUGACAUCACUGAGCGAUACGUUUACGAAUAAAGUACCGCAAAGUUUCCGUUUGUUUGGCGUUUACCGCAAUCAUUCAGAUCUGAUGUUCAACGAUAAGACCAUAAGAUUGGCAUCACUUCCGCCCGAAACUACUUAUGCCGAAGCAUUGCAUACAUUCUUACCAUUCAUUGAAUACAACGAUCACAUCGUCUGCACAAAUAGUGGCCAUAAAUUUAAAUCAAAUUUCAUAACAUUUCAUGUGUUUUCUAUUUUUAUUAUUAAUUUGUAUUUUAUUAAUUAAAUAUAUAAAAUAUAAAAAAAAUAAAUAUAUUAUGUA